CCUCCUUGUAAGCUAGUCUUGUGCUUUCUAGUUCCCAUCUCUUCUUCUUCUUGAAGUUAUUCCAUUUUUCACCUUCAAAUAUGAAUUCCCUACCACCUAGAGAAGAUGUAGAGAACCAUGCAAGCACAAAAACAUGCUUCUAUUGCAAAAAAGUAUUCGACAACUAUCAAGCUUUAGGGGGUCACCUCAGAAUUCAUCAACUGAAUGGGUUAUUGAAGACUGGGAGUUUUUCUGGCCAUUUAUCAAAUUCCUCUGAAAAUUCUAGGAUGUAUCCUGUAUCUGUUCCCAACAGCCAGCAACAGUUUUCCUCUGGGUUAGCUGGUGAUCACCUAACCUCAUUCACUAGAACAACCUUUCCUUUUGGCCUUCCUAGGAAGUUCUGUAAAAAUGAAUUGAACCAGGCAGAUAUGAGCAAUUUCACCGGAAACAAUCCCAGAUUUGCUAGAAUCCCAUCUAUCUUGUCACAAAGCUUUUCAUAUGGCUCUAUUGCUAAUAUUAACUAUUUGUCUAGCUGUGUAUCUGCUACAGCAUCUGCUUCUCUUCCUAGGAUGGCAUUUGCUUUAUCUGGUACUGGUUCCUCUUCAGAUCUUUCUUCGAAUUUAGGCUCAAAUGCCAUCUCUCAGUUUAAUACUGAUAAUAAUUUCUGGACCUGCCAGGAUGGUUUGCCAUCCUCACCCCUAGAGUACUAUCAAGGUCACAAUUCUGGUCCCAAUCUGUGCUUUAGCGUCAGCAAAUGUCAGGGUAGUGUAUUGACUGGAGAUAAGAGAUCCUUCUUUGGUGAGGGCUCAGCAAUUGGUAGUAUUACAAACGUAUCAAAGAAGCAAAAAAACAUCUCCGGUCUGGCAAUGGAGUCAGGGGAGUCUAGGAAAAAAGAGCUGCCUCUUUUCGUGGAUGCUGAUGAUACCAUUUAUGCAUCAGAAGCUCUUAGUGCUGAAACAAAGGGUCAAGCAGAUGUGGAUCUGUCUCUGCAUCUGUAGUUUUAUGUGUUUUUCUCAUAGUAAAGAAUUAAAGAAAUAGUUUCUGGUGAUGAAUGUGUCUUUUCUUUUUCUGGUAAACAAUGUGUUUAUGUUUUGGUAAAAGUUAAUGGAGUUUCUGAAGAUGAAUGCGUGUGUUAUUUUUCUAGUAAACAAUGAAUAUGUUU